AUGAAAGUUGAUGAUAAAUUGAAUGAGUUACCAUGUAAAUUACCAUAUCAAUUUUGUUAAAAUAACAUCAAGAAGAUAGUGAAGAGCGUAUAUAUAGCAGGAUUAAUUCAUACCGUAAUUAUUGGCUAGCGCAAUGCGUAAAGGUUACAGGUAGAAGAAAAUAGUUACCCAUGUAUGAGGCGGCCCUUGAACUCACUCAUCCAGAGCUCUGCUUACGCGUUUUACAAGGUUUUGACGACCCAUUGUCAUGCUCUCAAGUUGGGGAAUCUUGCCAAUGUUUACACUGCCAACAAAAUCUUAAACGCCUAUACGAGAUGCAAAGAGUUGCAUAUCGCUCGCAAGCUGUUCGACGAAAUUCCGCACAGAGACACAGUUUCUUGGAACACGAUGAUUGCUGGGUUUGUAAAUUGUGGGAAUUUAGAGACAGCAUGCAAAAUUCUAAAAAACAUGAGAAGAUGUGGUUUUGAUUUUGAUGGCUAUUCCUUUGGGAGUUUGCUUAAGGGCGUGGCUUCCGCUUAUAGACUUGAAGUUGGCCAACAGCUACAUUCUAUGGUUAUUAAGAUGGGUUAUGAGGAAAAUGUAUAUGCAGGGAGUGCUCUUUUGGAUAUGUAUGCCAAGUGUGAGAAAGUUGAAGAUGCUUAUACGGUUUUUGAAUACUUACCCGAACCUAAUUCCGUCUCAUGGAACGCUUUGAUUGCUGGGUUUUCAAAAGUGGGUGAUCGUAGCACUGCAUUUUGGCUUUUACAUUGUAUGGAGAAGGAGGGAGUAAGGGCUGAGGAUGGCACAUUUGCUCCGCUUCUUACAUUGCUCGAUGAUAUUGAGUUUUAUAAGCUGACAAUUCAAGUUCAUGGCAAGAUUGUAAAACAUGGGCUUGCAUUUGAUAAUACUGUAUGCAAUGCGAUGAUAACAUCAUAUUCAGAGUGCGGUUCAAUCAGAGAUGCUAGAAAAGUGUUUGAUGGUGCAGUUGGCAUGCGUGAUUUAGUAACCUGGAAUUCCAUGCUAGCUGCUUACUUGGUUCAUGAGGAAGAAGAACUGGGCUUUCAACUUUUUCUGGAUAUGCAAAGGUUGGGGUUCGAACCAGAUAUAUAUACUUACACUAGUAUCCUUAGUGCUUGUUUUGAAAAAGCACACAAAAGUCAUGGACAAUCCUUGCAUGCCGAAGUUAUUAAAAGGGGAUUGGAGUACUUGGUGCCUAUUUCCAAUGCACUAAUAGCAAUGUACCUUAAGUCGAAUAAUACUUCCAUGGGAGAAGCUUUAAAAUUAUUCGAGUCCAUGGAAUUGAAGGAUCGUGUCUCUUGGAACUCCAUUUUGACUGGGUUUUCCCAGAUUGGAUUGAAUGAAGAUGCCUUGAAACUUUUUGGUCAAAUGAGAUCUUUGAUGGUAGAGAUUGACCAUUAUGCCUUUUCUGCUGUCCUUAGAUCUUGCGCUGAUUUAGCAACACUUCAUUUAGGUCGGCAGGUUCAUGUCUUGGCAAUUAAGUCGGGCUUCGAGACUAAUGAUUUUGUGGCAAGUGCAUUGAUUUUCUUGUACUCAAAGUGUGGGAUAAUCGAAGAUGCUCGAAAAUCCUUUGAAGAGACUCCCAAUGACAGUUCAAUUGCUUGGAAUUCAUUAAUUUUCGGCUAUGCACAAAAUGGGCAGGGCAGUAUUGCCCUUGACCUAUUCUUCCUGAUGAGAGAUAGAAAGGUGAGGCUUGAUCAUAUAACGUUUGUUGCAGUUCUUACUGCAUGUAGUCAUAUUGGUCUUGUGGAAGAAGGCUUAAAUUUUCUGAAAUCUAUGGAAUCUGAUUAUGGAAUCCCACCACGUAUGGAGCACUAUGCUUGUGCAGUUGAUCUAUUGGGGCGAGCUAGGGGAUUAGGUGAGGCAAGAACCUUAAUUGAAUCAAUGCCAUUUAAGCCUGAUGCAAUGGUGUGGAAGACAUUGUUGGGUGCCUGUAGAGUGUGUGGUGACAUAGAAUUAGCUACCCAGGUAGCAAGCCAUCUGCUAGAAUUAGAGCCUGAAGAGCAUUGCACCUAUGUUCUACUCUCUCACCUGUAUGGACACCUAAGGAGAUGGGAUGAAAAAGCUAAUUUAACAAGGUUGAUGCGAGAGAGGGGAGUUAAAAAGGUUCCUGGUUGGAGUUGGAUAGAGAUUAAGAAUCAGGUCCAUGCUUUCAAUGCUGAAGAUCAGUCACAUCCUCUUUGUAAAGAGAUAUAUCAAAUGUUAGGGGAAUUGAUGGAGGAAAUAACAUGGUUAGAUACCGAUACUGGUUUAGAUGCUUUAAUAUCUGAUUUUGAUGUUUGUGAUGCAAAGCUGCUGAGUGCAGGUAAUUUCUGAAGGAUACGCUUAAUGUUUAGUUCACUGAAAUGAUCAACCAAAAUUUUCUUUAGUUUAAUAUAUUAAA